GAGAGAGGAGGUGCAUGAUGGAUCCCGUCCCACUGCUGCUCAUCACGCUCGCAUCUUUACCGUUUUGCUCGGCAGUCUACUCCGGGCCUCUACAAGCGGAGAUCUCCAAUGGCACUUUCCAUCACUUUUUUGUCCCGGACGGGGAUUACGACGAGACUGAGGACCCGGAGGAGUGCCAGAUGCUGUUCAAAUUCUCGGACGUGUAUCCAUGUGGGGCCUCUGAAGAGAGGGACUCGGUGGUGAGGGACGACUUCAUCAUUGCCAAGCUGCAGGCGGAGGACGCGGCGCGGCUGCUGGAGGGCAUCGGCCGGACUGUGGCGCACGACCUGGACGGAGAGGACAGCUACGGCAAGUUCCUCCAGCGCGAGAUCUCCCAGAUCGGCGAGGCUUUCUCAAACGUGGACAAGUCUCUGCUGGAGCUGGAAGUGAAGUUUAAACAAAGUCAGGAGACUGAGCUGAGAGAGGAGCAACAGCUGAACGGCCAUGUGAUGAAGCAAGUGAGUGAUAUCCGCGGAGCUCUGAGGGAAACUACAGACAUCUCUGUGGGACUUAAAGAUAAACACGAGCUGCUGUCUCUCAUCAUCCGCAGUCAUGGUACCAGACUGAGCCGCCUCAAGACUGAGUAUCUAAAUAUUGGCUCAUAGUGGAGUUGCUAAAAGCUUAGAGAGUGUGUGUGAGAGAGAGAGUGUGUGUAUUGUGCGUUAGAGAGACCCUCCAGUUCAACAAACAACUGGGAAGUUAACUGUGGCUUAUGAAUAUCCUUGCCUUAGUAUCUUUGAAUAUCGCUGACCCUUGGCCGUCCCCAUUCUUCGGACAUGUGUCAUUAAAGGGAGCUCUGACGAAAAACCUCAAGACAUUUCCUCUGAGUCAGGAUGGAAAAAGCAAAUGUGAACACAAAUGAUGUCUGCGCGGAGCCCUCUGUGCCACCUCUGAGGAAGCAUUUCAUUCAGAAGAGAAGAUGAAAAUAAAAAGCCCUCCGUGUGGAUUUAUCAGCCUCUGAAACAAUAUUAUAGCUAGGUUUUAAGUCUGUAUGGUUUAACUUAUGUUGUUUGUACAAUUGUAGGUUAUUAAAGAUCAAAUAAAUGCUUUUUAUUCAUCACAAAUCUUCCCUUUUAUUCUUCCAUGUUAGAAGUUUUUACUGUCAUAUUCAUAACUUUUUUUACUGUAGAACUUUACACACUGCUAUACAAUGCUUUAUUGUGAAAACCAUCUCCACCCUUUGAAGCUUGAGGUUUGCAUAAACAGCACAACCCUUUUGAAAUCUGAACUUUUGAUCUCCGGCAGUGGAAAAGUGACCCUCCUUCCGUGCCAUGUGCUGUACGUCACCAUGUUUGUUGUUGGCUCCACUAGCAUCCUAGACUGUCCCGUCAAGUGGCCCUGCAUGCUUAAUUGGCGUCUUAAGUCUGUCACUA